AUGUCGAGUGAAGGCGUCCAAUUGCCCAUCAUUGACUUCACCGGGUAUCUCGCGCCCAAGUCGCCAGACGAUCAGCAGAAAGUCAUUGCACAGGUGCGGGAUGCGUGUCGCGAAUAUGGCUUCUUCCAGGUCAAAGGCCACGGCAUCCCCCUGGCCCUGCAACAAGAGCUGCUGAAGAGUCUGGAUAGGCUUUUCGGCAUGCCCAAGGAGGAGAAGAUGAAGCUGUCCUAUCUGGAGAAUCCUUGCCGCCGAGGAUACGAAGCGUCCGGCAUGUCGCUGCGGGAGGGAGAUGCCAUGCCGGAUUCCAAAGAGGCCUACUAUAUCGGUCGAGAAGAUCCUGUCGUGGAGCUCUCGGGCUUUUACGGCCCCAAUGUCUGGCCCAAUCUCCCCGAGGAGCAGUUCCGCGCUCCGGUCUGGGAAUACUAUCAGAAGACGGGCCAGCUGGGCAAGACGAUAUGGGAAAUCCUGCUGCAGGGGCUUGGACACUCGACGGACGUGAUGGACGCCUUCGCCAAGAGACCUCUCGUGCAGAUGAAGUUGAUCCGGUACCCUCCGACGAGCGCGACGCUCCCCGGCCAGUUCGGCGUGGGAGCACACAACGACUUUGGCGGAGUCACCGUGCUGCUGCAGCAGCCCGGGAAGGAUGGUCUCGAGGUGUGGCUCGAGAAGCAGCAGGCAUGGCUGGCGGUUCCGGCUCUGGAAGACGUGUAUGUCAUCAACUGCGGCGAUAUGAUCAUGAACUGGACGGGAGGUCAGUACAAGAGCGUCCGGCACCGGGUCAUCAACAAGGCAGACUCCGAGAGACUGUCCUGCGCGACCUUCUGGCAUGGGGACGUGUUUGCGACAAAUCCCCUGAACCCGGAGGAUCCCAACAAGGAGAGUGUCGGGCAGUUGCUCGUGAAGCGGUUCCGCCACCAAAUGUCCAUCCACAAGGAGGGUCUCGCCCAGGUCGGGGAAGCCUAG